AUGACGAAUUCCCAGUCGCCCAACGACUGCAUGGACAAAGAGAAUAAGAUGCUCUCUUUGACCUCAUAUUUAUCGAGCAUGCGAAAUGUCAUUUUCAGAAGAACACUAAACUCCACAACUUUAUCAACACCCUCAGACAACGGGAGCUUGACACUUGUACUGGGUAAUCCUUCCGCAGACCUGGACAGUUUUGUCUCGGCACUGACGCUCUCCUACUUCUACAAUCUGCGAGGAAACACAGGAUCUUCCAGCAAAACCCUCUAUGUACCCAUCUUGAAUCUCCCUGCCGUCAGAGCGAAUGAUCUAUGGAGACUCCGACCCGAGUUCGGGGUUGCGGCCAGGUUGGCAACAGGAGGGUCGUUGGACAGGAUCAGUCAAGGAAGCGAUGUCAGCGAGUACAGCAUGACCGAGAUAUUGGAGCGACUCAUUACCAUUGCGGACAUCAAGAGCGAUAAGGACUCGGGCUUAUGUUCCUAUUUUAAGGACGCAACUGAGUCCAAAGCACAGCUAUCGAGCACAGACGAGAAACAAAAUCUCUUCCUCACGGACCACAAUUCCCCUUCAAUACCUGGGCUCUCAGAUGAUGCUAUCAAUUCCCGAUUUGAAGUCGUGGGCUGUAUCGACCAUCAUGUCGAUGAGAACUACGUGGCGCAAGAAGCAAACCCCCGCAUCAUUACGACAGGAAUAGGAAGCUGCACGAGCCUUGUAGUCAAGCAUUUGCGGGAUCUCGGCAUGUGGCCUUCCCCAGCACAAGCGAAAGCCGGAGAGUGGUCGACAUCAAGGUUGCAAGAAAUUGCGAAAUUCGCCCUUGCGCCAAUUUUAAUCGAUACAUGGAAUCUCAAAGCUACAGGGGACAAGUGCUCAGAUACGGACCGCGAAGUCGUGAAAUUCCUCGAAUCUCUCCUGACCCACGACUCCGGUGUCCAGCAAUCCUCACCUCGAUCACCGGAACAGACGCCUUGGGACCGAGACACAUUCCACUGCAUUAUUGCCACCGCAAAAGCCAACUCCCUCUCCCUUCUUACCAUGCAAGAGACUUUUGACCGGGACUACAAAGCGUGGCACGAGCCUACGAAGAGUUCACCCACUGAUUCUUCCUCCGCCAGCAAUAAGGUCAACAUCGGAAUCUCGAGUCUCGUGAAGCCGCUCUCUUGGCUCAUAAAGCAUGCAGGCGGGAUUGAGAAAUUUCUCGACGAAAUCGCAGCAUUCGCGACAGCUGAUGAGAGAAAACUGGGCGUGUAUUCUCUGUUAACCCGCGCAGGGGACGGGAAGGAAGUGGUUAUUCUUGCCUUCGACGAGCGCAUGAAGGGGCUGCUGGACGAGUUUGAAAGCAAGGCCGGAGAGCUGCAGUUGGCGCCCUGGAAUGAGGAUGAAGACUUGAUCAAGGCUUUAAGGCGAAGAUUUGAAGGUAGCCCCAAUCGGAAGGGCAACUGGAGGAUCUGGUGGAUGGGGGAUACGAGUAAGAGCCGCAAACAAGUUGGGCCGUUGUUAAGGGGAGCGGCCAGGAAUGCUUGA